AUGACGGCGCUAGGCUAUCGCGCCAGUCUGAUCGACUCACCGUUUUCGGCUUUCAACAAGAUCCAUUUGACGAUUGGUGGUUUGAACAGCGAAGCAGACGUGAAUCGCAUUGAAUCGCACGUGAUCUCGAAAACGGGCGUGGAAGGCUGUAACGUUUCUCUUGCUACGUCUCUAGCCACAGUCGAGUUCUCCCCCUCAGUCAUCGGUCCGAGGGAUCUGAUUUCUCUAAUUGAGUCUCUUGGCUACACGGCAGAGCUCGCAAGUAAAGAUGAUCAGAUGAAGCGCCUGGAUCAUUCUGCAGAAAUGGCGUACGACAUUUCUAGUCAGCUUAAUAUUUGGAGUGCCAGUGAUGAUGAUAAUGAUUGUAUUCCAUUGGAUUUUGCACACACCGAUGCAUCCAGAAAAUCAAUCUCCAUACUUCAGCUGUCUUUUACCUACGACAUCUCCUUUUCUAGCUGUUGUGCACAACAGUACAAGGUCGGUGAUCGGAGGACGAUAUUUCUACGUGGCCUCCUGGAAAGCGCUGAGACAUGGCCAGGCGAACAUGGACGUGCUCAUCGUGUUGGCUACGACGAUCGCUUUUACGUACUCGAUACUUGUUCUUAUUAUUGCUUUGAUUCUGAGGUGGCCAUCGAGUCCGAGAUGACGUUCUUCGAUGUCCCUCCUAUGCUUAUUGUGUUCAUUUCCUUAGGACGAAAAAGAUCGGAGCUUAAGUCGUUGAUGUCUACUCAGAAGGAAGCCCCUUAUAACAAUGGACCUCGCGAAGGUCGUGUCACCUCUGAGAGGGGAAUUAAUAUCGAACUGGUUCAACGUAACGAUUUGAUCAAGGUGAUACCAGGUGCAAAAGUGCCGGUCGACGGAAUAGUGGUGGAUGGACAGAGUUCAGCGGAUGAGUCCUUUAUCACAGGAGAAUCCAUGCCGGUUGUUAAAAAGCCA